GGCUCAUUUUGAAAGACUCAAACAUGGACGGAGAAUUCCCUGAAGGGUUUCCAGCGGAAAGAUGGAAUAACAUUCUCCUGUAUGCCCAUCAACGAAUAUUGGAGGCAGGCGGGAUGGAUGCCGUCCUGCCUGCCUGCAAUGGUAGCAAGGAACAAGAAGAAGGUUCUGUUGAGGAGAGUGCGGGAUUCGAGAGGUUGGUCCGCCAUGUCAAAAAAAUGGCGGCUGCUGAUAUUGGUAGCACCAUCCCAAAACCUCCCCAACUUCAAAAUGACCGGAAUGUGGCAGCGAGGUUGAAAUCUGUUCAAACAUACCUGAACCGUCUAGAAUACAAUCACCUCGGUACACCAUUCUUUGUCAUUCGCAAAUCCGCCUCCGUCCGCUCUCUGAUGCGAACUGCCCAAGAGAUUGUGCGGUAUGGUCUACCGAUAAAAUGCCUAGAAGCAGCUGUGGUUGGGAUGUUGUUGACGGCGGGGAUAGAUGGUAUCGAUCGGAUUACGUGUAGUUUUAAAUCUCAGGUCGGGUCUGAAGUAUAUCGACAUAUCGUUUUGUUGAUUCGACAUGGGGAUCGCUGGGGUGCCCUCGGGCUGUCGAGAAGAAGAGAUUUAAUGGAUAAACCUUUAACUUUUCAGUCUCUGCCAGAAAUUCUGAUGGAAUAUCGAACGGCAUAUGAGAGAAACCAGCACUGUCUCAUAAAGGCAAAACUUGGUCUCCCUGUCCCCCAUGAUACCUCCAGUAAUGAGCGGAUCGCCUGGAAGUAUCUUUCCUUGCGCUUUCCAACAAGUUCGUACCAUUCGUUUACUCCCCAAGCGACACACUCUAUGGAUCGCUUUAUCCGCGGUAUUCGCGGAGGAUUUAAGCCCAUUUUGGUAGAUGUAUGAACAGACGAAUUCUGGUAAUUCAAUUAACAAGUAGGCUUAGAGCUAUAGAAUGAUUACGCUAGUGUAAACUAGAAAGUAUCGAGAUAUAAUGCCGUUUGCCAUCGCAUGGCGGAGAAGGCACUACCAUUCAAAUAGAGUCGGUGGACACAGUA